GAAAAGGGGUGCAGUGUAGACAUAGCCAGCCUGUUUGGAAGAAGCUGCUUGCCUGCUCCAGGGUCUAGACUGAGACCAGGGAUGUUCAAGAUCUCCUCCACUUGCUUCCCCUGGAGGUGGAAUGGGAUCUGAGAUAGGGAACAGCUAGGUGGAUGGGCUUAUGGCCUCUCAGGAAGCUUGUUGACUCAUAUGCUAAGCCAGAGGGAUCAGCAGUUCACUUUAUCUAAGAAGCCAAAGCUACAUUUCCAUUCCCCCCCACACACCUAGACCCAGAAAACCAUGAUUAUUCCAAACAUGCCCCCAGAGAAACCACCGCUUCAUGCCCCCUUUAUCUAUUUAAUGGGACAUUGCCCUGCCAGACCCCUCCUUCCUGAGGAGUGGGGUCAGCUGUUCAGCUAAUAUCAUGUGGAGAUAGCUGGGUGGGUCCUCAAAUCCCUAUUGACCAACAACAUCCUGACACUGAUUGGCUGGAUGAUUAGAGAAAUACAGGUUUGGGAGCAGAGGUAGCUGGGAGGCUGAUAAAAGGUAGGAAAAGGACCUACAAGGAGUCUGUUGGUUGGUGGGUGUAGGGCCUAGUGUAGUGGCUGAGCUUGUUUAUGGUAAACUGUUUUUGCAGCUUUGGUUCACUGGAUGAUUCCCUCUGGGAGGGAGGGUGGGUGCAUGUGUUUAUCUGGGCUUGUAAGGGACUUACUAACCAUCUCACUUUGAAGGCUCCCAGCUAUUGUAAAAGGAGCGCUGGGGUGUAAUGCAGCCUCUGUUAAGGGAAAAGCAACAAAUCCGAGGGUUGCCCUACUCUAGACUCUGUGUUCCCUAAGGCUCAUUUCCCUCCCUCCCCCCACUCUUGUCUGCAGUGGAAGGUGUUGUGGGCCCUGUUUAAUGCAAGUGAUUGGUACCUCACUUCUUGUGUGUUAAGAGUUACUGGGGUAAGUUUGGCUUGUGCGGUGCCACCUGCAAAGCUCACCCUGGGGUGUCUGUGCUCAUGCUGCAUUGGUGGAAGACUGGUGCAUGGUGGACAGGCAUCCUAGCGUCUUCUGAGUGGGUCACCUUGUGGAAAGCUGCUGUGUGUUGUGGGGUGCCUACAUAGCUCUGAGUAGCUCUUUGUGCCAGCUGGGUUGGCUGCAAACAAGCCUGAGGUAAAGCUUCCUGGGGGGUUCUGGGAGAUCAGUUUGGAGAUGUGGGGAUGACCCCCCCACAAACCCUAACUCCCCUUUGCUCUCCUAUCCCAGUCUGUGCACUCCUGUGGCUUCCUGCAAAGCUUGAUUCUCUACCCCAGCUUGUGCAUCUCUUUGCAAAGCUUGACCCAUCUAUCCUAGGCCAUUACUGACAAACACCAAUGCACCACCAGCCACAACCCCCUUCCCUACUUAUGGAAAAUAGCUGCCCACCUCUGUGGUUCCUGGCAUGUGGGUGUCAUGGCUUGCAGGCUGUUAAGGCAGGGGGUCCCACCCUUUGUAUUCCUGACCCAGGGGAUCUCUACAGGUGCUCAGUGGCUGUUAUUAUCAGGUGUGAAGUAGCCAGUGCUGACUCCAUGCACACAAGUGGGCAUGAGAUAAUGUGGUUGUUCCAAGCCAUGCCCAUAUUGUAUUUCUGGGGCUGGAGCUACAGAGCUGGGUAAACUAAUGUAGCUUUUCUCUUCCAGUGACAGUAACUGGGCAGGGACUGCCAGCCAGGGGCCUUGGAUGCUGCAAGGGAAAUGACCCAGAAAGACGUUGCAUCCUGCUGUAGCAUCCCCCUUUCCAGGAUCUGCCUGCUGCAGGCUGUGGUUGGCGCUGGUAGCUCAGGGGAGGAUCCCAGCACCCUCCCCAGAGCUGGCAAGCCAGGGGACAGGCCUGCAUCUCUCAUGAAGCCCCUGAGGAGCCAGAAGGAGAAGCAAAGCAUUGCCAAGCGGCUGAGUCUUGGCUUCACCUUGGUGCCCAGGAAGUCUCCGCUGGGCUGUUAUAUGGGCAGGCCUGUGCCCGCUAAGACCUGCUCCUUCCGUCGAAGCCUGGCUGUGGAUGCCCGCCUGGGUGUUCCCUGGCAGCCUGCAGUGGUCUCUUCCAGCACCAUUCCCUUCCACAGGGCUUCUGCAGUGUCCUGGCGGGCCGGCACUGCCCUGAGAACAGGCCAUGCCACUGACCAGGCCUGGCUCAGGGGGAGCAGAAUCCCUCUGCUGCACCCAAUCAAGCCAUCUCUGAGUAGAGUGAGACCUGUCUCUUCCCCUGUGGCAGUGAUGCUGUUUGAGCCACCCAGUCCUGUGACCCGGGAGCCCAAACCCACAAGCAGGAGCAAGCUUGCUCUGGUCAAAGCUGCCAUAGAUUCCAGGAGAGCCCAGCAGGCAGAGUGUCAAGCUGCUAAGGGCGAGGUGGUGAAGAAACCUUUAUCCAAGGAGCUGCCUCUCCUAUCCUCCUGGCCCACCAUCCUGGAUGAAGAGGAGGUGGGAUCGGAGUUGGACCAAGCCAGCCUGGCAGUUCCAGAGCUGCCCAACCAAGCUGGCAAGGGUGCCUGCUGGGAGGAUGAAAUAGCACUGGAGGACCCAGUGACUCAGGAGGCCCAGAACUUGGAGGUGGACCCAGCUUUCAGCCAACAGCCUGCAGGGGCUACUGGCAACACUUCCCCUGCUGGCAAGGGGGGUCAGAUACUUACAGUGGAUCAGUGAGGUCUGUAGACAAUGGCAAGAAACUACUUUAGGCAUCUGCACUGCAGGCCAGUGUAUGGAAGAGACUAUCCAAGUGGUCAUGCCCUGCCCCGGAUUCAUCUUCUCUCGCUGCAGAGUGAACAAGUUGUGGCCCUGGCCUGUAUCCCUUGCUCCCUCUGUCCUUGCUGAUCUUUCCUUCCCAAAUGCUUAUCAGAAGAGAUCCCAUCCUGUCUGCAUUCAGAAGUUUCCAGAGCUGUUCUUAGCCUCCCAGUUGCAUACAAGCUGUAACCUCUGAAACAGCUGUGGAGCUAAAUGUAUCUAUUUGGUUCAGAGCUACAGCCUUCCAAAACUGUCAGUGUUGCUCCCUUCUAGCUUUUAUAUCUGUCUGUACCUGAAAUCUUUGCAAAACCAUGUUUUAUGUGACCUGUACUGAAUUCUUAAUAAAAGUCUUUAAUAAAGGUCCAA